GUCCCUGUAGUUUUAACUAUUAUUGGAAGGGAAUUGCUCAAGUAAGAUAGUUAUAAGUUGUGUGUAAGGAUUGGAUUUGACGACGAAGCUGAAUUUUCAAUCUUCACUCGGUAGAAUAGCAACUCAGAAUGAAAAUUCUUCUCUUACUUGGCGCAUGUGCCCUGGCCAAUUCCUGGAAAUGUCCUGAGCAGACCGAUUACAACUGCACACUCUUUGAUUAUACCUCACCCGGGGUAACUAGGAACGAGUUUCUAAAAACGAUUGCGACAGGAGAAUGGUUGAGUAUCUACACCAUGGAGAUAGGAGAGUUCACGCCUUUCGGGAAAACCACCAACAAAUGGUCCAAAAAUGGAAGUAAAUGGCGUCGUGCCACCAUCUCAUUCAAUCAGACAAGUAAGAAAUGUGACACGUUCUUGUUUGACUACGAUCUUACCAUCAACAUGUGCGGAUGGGCGGAGCUACGUCAAGUGGACGGUCACCGCGUGGAGCAGUUCUACAGUCAGGAUGUGAAAAGCUACUUCUGGUGGUUUAUCUGCCUUACUCCCGAGACCGACAACGGCUGUGAAUUGGGCUUCUUUGAUCUCCAGAUAAGGGACAACCGUCAAGGAAUUGCCGGUGAGAUCAACCUGAACGGAAUUCCGUGGGAAAAAGUCUCCGCUGACCUGAAACUUCUUAAGACGACGACAUUUGAUGACUCUUCGGUCAGAUACGCAUGGCUAGGACCGGAAUGCAGUUUUCCCUAGUCUAUCAGCAUGCUUCAUGAGAGGCAAUGAAUUUUUCCCUAGUCGAUCAGCAUGCUUCAUGAGAGACAAACAGGCGUUGUUGACUUUUACUUUCAGAACUUUUAACUUAUUGAGAGUUAUGUAUCUUUAAAAAUAAUGUUGUUUGUACUUAUUUCUGAUUCAAGUCAACUUCAAUAAAAAACGAGUAUCAUAA